GUCAAUUUGGGCCAUGCUAUUUGAAUGUUUAAGUGCUGAGGUAUCUUUUGGGCGAAAAUUAUCUGUCAAACCCCAUCAGAGAAUACGAUAGAGAGAGAAGUCUUGAGAUUAUUUGUGCACACACCGAGGAAUGGCCAGUUUCUUGUCGAUUAUGGUGAACCCUGAAAUCCCUCGCACAGCAGACACUUAUUCGAAAUCUAAACAAUAUUUUCCACACAGUUUCUGCCGAAACAAGUCGGUAGAUCCAGUGUAAUGUACUCAGGAUGUCCAUGAAGGCGCAGUCGUGGUGGUGAGCUUUAAGAUUGACUUGGCUACGCCUUAUUGAUGGUGUCAUCGUUUUGAGAAUUGUGCUUUGACCGUGAUUAAUGUACAGAUGCCCUGUAUGACGAGAUAUCAUGUGCAGACUCCAGAGGUAUCUUUCACCGUAGAAACUCUGCGCACUACCUCUGCUAGAAAUUCGAAUAGACUGGUGUAUGGGUGAGUACGGUUGGUACACUGUAGUACUGUAAGUAGUGGAAGAAGGCACGUGCCCACACGAGGGGUUAGAACUCACUGUGGACGACGAGGAGGAAGAGUUUAUGCUGUUUUUGCGUCGAGGGUGCUCCCAGGUCUAUUUCUCUCUUUCUCCCUCUUUCUGCUCUCGGGGCUCACAACACUUGAUCAUCUCGUCCUUCUCACCCACUCUGUGUCACUCGCCCUCCCGCCCAACCUCAGUUGAAUCCUAGGAGUCUACCACACAGCGCUACAUUGUACACUGUUGUUGAGAGUAAGUGACUGUGGGGUCUGGACUGUCUGGCUGUCUGGCUGUCUGUCACAGCACUUUGACCGUCCCGCUCAAGUCGCUCAUUCACUCAAGCGUGUCGAGUUGUCUUAUCGUCUUCGGUCGGCACUAAAGGAAAGGACUGUAGUCCUCCAUGCUCCUUGAUCCUAGACCACGGUUUCGAUACGCUCCAUGGUGCGCCUAGGAUCUCCUUCAGAACGCAGAAUUGCUCGCUCUGAGGGCUGCGCACCCGUCUGUCGGUCUAUUCUAUAAUAACAUAUCUAAUCAGUGCACACUGCCUCCGCACCACAGUGUCUUGUCUUCACCCGGCCUCCACCAGGCUCGCCUUGCUUUCUCUGCUGCUCCUACUCCUACUACUUCUACAUGUUCUGAGCAAUGUAGUACCACCCUGGUGUAUCUCCUGCACACUCUACUACUCCUUCUGAGCCAACGAGUCUCAUUCUUUUCUGCAUCGAGCAUCACUUCUCCUCCCCACUGAAUGCUCGAGAACGCUGGACCUGAGCGCUGCUUCCAUCCAAAGUUCGGGUCUAGACUGCUGCCGCUAGUCUCAGAGCCCAGAUUCUUCUUGACUACAAUCAAUCAGUCAAUCAACAACUGUUCUUCUCUCCGCCUCCCUGUCUGAGCUACGAGAGCAUCUGCUUGAGCUGCUGACCGACCUCUCGUCCUCAUCCCUUCAGCUUGAUAGCUUACCAAACUCUUUGCGUCUCGUCUCAUCUAUUUUUCGUGUAAACUCAACUUGGACACAACAAACGGGUCAUCCGAAGUGAGCUGCGUGCUCCGCUCCAGUCAUCAGCAGCAGUCUGCUAACCUGAACUAGGCCUCACAGAGGCAUAGGCUCACAUUUUUCCAGGAGACUAAGCGAUACCGAGCACUGCAGCGCCUCGAACCUGGCAUCGCAGAGAAGACGUAGAUGUCACACACGCUCCGCUCCACGUUCUUCACGCAUCAUCCAACUUGGCGUUGCAGCGCAUGUUAUGUUUGUGACUCAACUCAUGGUUCGAGCGUGUGUCGGCAACUAGAGAGAACCAGAAGUGCUUCCUGCCGCCCAGGGGAACUGACCAGAGAUCAGUGAUCGAAUUACCAUCGGGCCAGGUUACAAUUCGCCUCAUAUGCAGAGACGGCGAGAGGGCUGGGGUCUGAUAAUCCACAGGGGAACCGAUUGAGACCAGGUACUGCUUUGAGACACACACUGCAAUUGGAUUGCGAGAGCGUUUGGUCUGUCCAGGAACAGCGGCCUCGAGCAGCAGAUUGAACAAUUAUCGCUGGCUUUGCGCUGAAUUGCAUGUCGAGUCAGAUGGGAUGCUGCAAAAUCUUGAUCCUUUUGAGCAUAUCUAUAUAUGCGUCGGUCCAUGUGCAAGCUUCCAGACCGUCCACAACUGGAUCCUCGUUCAGAGCGAUGUCGUCUCAACCGGGUGGCCUCACAGACUCCAAAAGUGCUAGAAAGAUUCUUCUCGAGGAGAAUAAACCUAGAGCAUGGUGGCAGAUUUCUCAGAAACUGCUGGCCAGGCAGAUGGGGUCGAAGCCACCGAACUGCGAAGAUAAGUGCCAUUAUUGCAACCCUUGUGAGGCUGUAGAGGUCCCGAUAUCGAAUCGGGAGGUCCAGAAGGUCAAGGCCCUUGAAACUGAUGCUGCUGCAGGCACCUCGUAUCAAAAAGUGAGUACAGCGCUGGCUGAUCCACACGACACGAACUACAUGCCCGAAAGUUGGAGAUGUGCGUGCGGAGAUGAAUACUUCAAUCCGUGAGCAGAACAGAUCACGAUGCAAUGUAGAUGAUAGCGAAGUGGCCUGCAUAGCAUGCCUCUGCCGAACCGUUGAAGCAAACUUAGCUGUACCACGUUGUAGGUCACGGUGAUAUGGCAACGUCAUGCUAUCCCUUUCCACUGACAUGCUCCGCUGUGCCUUUUUGAUUGUCUUCCAACCAUUAUCUGCUUUCGGACUUUGCUCCGGCGGAUUGCUCCCAUGGUGUUCUGUGUGAUUCAACGUCAAACUUUGAAGACCUUAGCAGUAGACAGCAUACAUAUGUGCACAUACAGGUUGUCACUGUCAAAUUAUCAGGCCUAAUGAUCAGAUUCUGGAGGCUUCGGCGGGUAGGUGGAGUAAGAGAGAGAGAGAGAGAGAGAGCGCGCGCGCGCGCGAGAGAGAAAGCGAGAGUUUUGUGUGUGUUUGUGUGUAUGUGAGGUCGAAAAGGGAGAUCGCAUUAGCAUCACCACCGAGAUCGCCGGCGAAGACUGAAGAAUGCUGCUAGUGCCCACCUGCCUUGACAUUUCACAGCCCUUGUAAAUUAGCUAAGGUAUCAUGCCUGUAUACUGCUGACUGUUCAAUAGAAGAAUUUAAUGACUGAAUAAGAUCGACUUGCUGCUGCACAAGUUUAUCAGAGGCUGGAUAAACGUUUGAAGUAAAUUUCAAAGCAACUUCAUGCCAGAAAAGUUCAGCGCGCUAUCAUGACAAGUUCUUCGGGACUGUCAUGAGCGAAUUGUAGCGAACAUGCGAGUGAAUAAAUGGAAAAAGCGGACACUCAGUCGCUUGGAAUGCUUCUUGUCCACGAUUUGUCCAAUCUUUGAAGAUCUGAAGAUUCCUAUCACUACUCCUGCGGGUACGCAAGCACAAUCUGGCCAUCUAUCACUUCCUCGAGUCCUUUAUUCAACUAUUG